GUGCAAAAUACAGGCGCCGAGUGAUAUGUUAUUUGCUGUCGCAACGCGGUCACUCAUCCAUGCCUAAGCUCGCAUAUCCAUCAUGUUCUCUGUCGAGGACGUAUCAGAUGUUUCGAGAUCACACAUGGUGAUGUCUGCCAUGGAGACAUUGGCCAAGGAUCCUGCUCCCAUCUCGAAUCUAUUUGGCGUCAACUUCCACCGGUACACUGCUCUCGUAGUGUCUACAUUCCUCAGCGUCCCUGCUGGAGAUUUGAAUGCAGGUCCGGAGGAUUCUGUCUGGCAGAUCUUCGCUUUGGCGUUGCGAACAUACUUCCAGCCAAAUGCAAUCGCUGCCGUCAGAAAACUGUUUUCAGACGCAUUGGAAGAGAAGCUUUUUGCGCAUUUGGACGUGAAACGGCAGGCUGAAGUCUGCGAUAUCCUUUUGUCGGCAGGAUCGUUGGGCAACGAAGUGUAUGUGUGCGCCAAGGAGCUUCUAAGCAAGCUUCUUCAGGAUGUCCACCUUAUCAAUCAGCUGCUCGUGGUUUACCAACCUGCUGCAAAUCAGUCGGAUACCCCUGCCAGUAAACGUGCUAAGCUCGAUAGCCCAUCUCAUGGAAAUAUUGAGGACAAAAUGUCGAUACUCACUUUCCUUUCUGAAGUUCUCGGAACGAAGGAACUUCCUGGUUCGCUUGACCUUUUAACACAGCUCCUUGACACUCUUGGCAAGAUUAUCCAUUACGACUCACCGGUCCCGUCCGAUACGAGUUAUCCUUGUCAAAUGCUCAUGGCUGCCGUGGAACAAGCAGCUAGUAAAAUCAAGGAGGCUCCUGCCCGACCCAUUCGGUUGGACAUACUUGUCGAAAUCAUCAGAGUAUCGGAGAACCCGCAAACAUUCCACCAAGCACUCCUUCUCAUGGCAAGUCUGGCUCGACUCACGCCUGACUCGGUCCUUCACAACAUCAUGCCUAUUUUCACCUUCAUGGGCACUAACGUGUUUCAUCGCGACGAUUCAUACAGCUUCAAGGUGGUGCAAGAUACCAUCGAAAACAUCGUUCCUGUCAUGGCGUCAUCACUCAAAUCUAGACACCCCUCUGGACUCGAGCUUUAUAUUGGAGCUAGGGAAUUCUUGCGGAUCUUCACGGACGCAUCCAAUCAUAUUCCACGUCAUCGUCGACAAAAUUUUUUCAUACACCUUGCUGAUGUGCUUGGACCUGAAGAAUUCUUGGCCCCGGUUUGCAUGUUGUUGGUAGACAGGGUAGCUAAUCGGGUGAGCCGGCAACAGGAGGAUGAAGCUUCAACCUCGUUGGGACUUCCGAUAUCGCUGUUGCGUCAUUUCCCCCGACAGUUGCAACUCCAUGUUCUCAAGGAAGCGCUGCGGGAGGCAAAAAGGCUUAUCCGCAAUCUCGCGUCUUCCGAGGAGGCAGGUGCUACCUUUUUGGACUACGUUCACGAUGAAGAACACUCUGCCAGAUCAUCUUCUAUCAUCAAGCGACGUGCGCAGGCACUUAUUGUAUUUGUCGGUUAUGCCAUUACACCCACGUCUUCCACCGAUGUCUCAAGGGGCGACAACGCAACGACGGAACUUAUCUCUCUCCUCGUUGAUCUUACUACAAUGGAAGGCGAAAACAGCAUUGCAGACAUCGUAUCAGUGACACAGCAGGCCACGUCAAAAGUAAUGAAUGCCAUCGGAGCAGCAGACUUCCUGAAUGGGGCUUUAGUUAUGAUGCAGUCAGACGAGACUAGGAUCAAGGCUGGAGCUCUUGAAGUCCUCGCAGAGAGGAUGCCAAGAGUUACAGAAGCGGUCCGGCGCGAACAACAAAAGACCGCUAUUUCGAUCAUCGACUGCAUUCGGGACGUCGUUUCUCGCCAGUCAGCCGGUGCAUUGGUCAACUCGGCCCUCAAUGCUUUGAGAGCGAUCAGCUCUUCCAUUUGUCCUGGCGAGGAAUCAGCACUGGUAACUACUGUCCCUUCCGUCAUCAAGAUCAUCAAAGCACGUGCAUCGUUACAAUCUGCUAUAGCUGUGUUACCGUGCUACGUAUCCUCUCUUGGACCUCGGCUUAUACCUCACUUCCGAGAGAUUGCGCAAGAGUGCACAUCAGUCCUUCAAGAAGGAUUGAGUGGCAAAAUGGCGCAAUCUUCGGUGGAUGGUGCCAUUUCUACCCUUCAAGGCUUGGUAUCUACGCUUCCCGCUUUUUACGGCGCUGCAGAACUUGUGGACAUCGUCAAACUCCAUUUGGAAUACUCCGUCACCUUGAGUGGUGCCAUGGCAGGUUUAAUGAAAGCUAUUGCAAAGAAGAUCCCAAGCAACACGCUACUACCUGUACUAUGCGAUCUGUGGCCCAGUUUGGAAAAAUCUCAGAAAAAGGAACAUGUUGAAGGAUUGAUCGCGUUCUUCGCCUUUUUCAAACGCAGCCUUCGGGUGGCUCGACGUCCUGAUAUCCAGGAGCACCUCCGUUCAAUUUUCUCAGUAUUCCUCGACGCCUUUGGCGUGAACAUGAAAUCCACAACUGGUUCCAAAGAUGUGAGUCACUUCGUUGUGACCUGCGGUGAGACUGACUGGUGCCAGGGAGAACCACAUAUCAUUUCCGCAUUCUUGGAACUUGUUGUGAAGCUUAACGAAACGGCCUUCAGACCGUUGUUCCGCCGUUUGUAUGACUGGGCUUUUGCAGCUGAGAGCGCAAACGUUGAGCGUAAAGUCACGUUUUGCCAUAUGUACUCUGCCUUGUUGGAUUAUUUCAAGGGCUUGAUGAACCCUUACAUGUCAAUGCUUCUGCAAGCUUUGUGCGAAAUACUGGAGUCUUUGGCUGCAGGAUCAAUUCAAAAUCCAUCGCUGUGGUUGUCAACAGUCGAGACCCUUACAAAGAGUUUCGAAAAUGAUGAUGGUGUAUUCUGGCGUGAUGACAAACUGGCCUCAGUGGCGAAGCCUUUGAUAGCGCAAGUUUCCAGUUGCAUCAGGUCGAAUAUCGCAGACGGGAAACAAGCACUGACAAACUGCUUGAUUGCAAUGACGAGCGUAGCAUCGGAUGAUUCCUUACUCAAGUCCAUCAACCUUGACUUGCUCAUGCACACUCGAGCAGAUGAUGCUCGUGAGCGCAUAUUUGCACUGUCCUGUUCGGAAGCGCUCUGGCGAGAACAGGGUGGGAAGCUCAUCGGCUUUGUAGCAGAGACCGCUACAUUCAUAAGCGAAUGUGCUGAAGACGAGAACGAUAGUGUCGUACGUGAGACACACAAACUUAAAAAUGCAGUUGAAGGCGUGGCCGGGAGCAUCAAUGGAUUAUGAUCUCAAAAUCUGUUUGAUUACUCAUGCACAUGUGCGACCUGAGGUUUCCACAAUAUAUAUAUAUAU